UCCUCCCCGCGACCGCUACAUUCUGCGCCGAAACCCAGAGUCUCUCCCGGUCCGUAUUUUAACUUCUUCCCACAGACCUAGUGGUACCUCGUUGGGUACCGGGAGACAGUUUGGAUUACUGACAUCAAGGAUUGAGUGCGAUUUUACGCGGAUGACGACUCCUUCAACGAGAAUUUAGUAAAAGAAAAUUGGUCGGAAAUUUCAGAAUAUGUGGAGGGGACCCUAAUUUCAGCAUCCUGGAAGUAGAAAGCACAGAAGAUCUGUGUCUCACACCACAGACAGGUGCAGUGUGUAGCCGGGGCAGCACAGAGGAAGGAAGCUCUGGGGAGGAGGCGGUGCGGCAGCGUGCCUCUCCGGCUGUGGAUGUGCUGGGUGGCAACCUCCAGGCUGCACAGAAUGUGGCUGGGGAGUCAUCUCGGCAUGCCCCGCAGCCGGUUGCAGCUGCCCCCUGCCCAGUCCCUCCGUUCACCAAUCUGUCCACUGUGCCACUGCCAGAGAGCAACAACUCAGCAUUCCUCGGUAUGGAGAACACCCCUCAGACCAACCUGCCUGAGACACUCCCGAUCAGCAGCAUCUCAGAAGUCCCAGCUGAGGAGAGUGUUGUCGGAGUUUCGAGAUUCUUGCCAACAUCCUUCAACGAGGACUGUAGUUCCUCCCAUGAGAUGCAAAGGCUUCCAGCUCCCCUUUGUCCCCCUCUCGUCCCAGAUACACAGAUUGACAGCACAGUGCAAGAGUUGCAAUACGGGUCACAAACUGAUAAAGAGAAAAGUCACUCAAAUAGUCAGACAAACAAGAUUCAGCCACCUAGAGAAGGUGCUGGACUUGUGGUUAUUACGGGGACAAAGGAGAAACAGUCCGUCACUUUGGAAUAUAAACCAGAAACUGGAACAAACGUGGAACUUGGUGAAAAAGAGCACAGAGGCGGAAACAUUCUCCUUCAACCCAAAUCUCAAAUCUGUUUCACAGCCUCAUCUACAUCUGGCCCACAAUCAAGUGUUGGUUUUAAAGUCCAAGACACAACAAAACAGGGGGCUAUGGGCCAGGACUCAAUAUCGUCUCCGCUCCCUUUACCCUUAUUUGGCAACAGUGAGGUUAAACAAACUGACCUGUCAAAAACACAACCUAAAAUCAUCAGAGAGGUCUCAACUGAUGCCAGAGAAAUGCAGAAAGCAAAUUUGUUUGAAUCAGUUGAGAUGUUUGAGCCUGUUAAAGAGCUCGUUGACACUUCUCAAAAAGAAAGACAAACUCCCUCAGGUGAUAUACUUGAGACCGACAUCCAGAGGAGCUGCGAUCCACUCGUAGGAGAGCAGGUGGAGAGUAGCAUGAGGGAAGAACAAACUGACACCUCCUCAUCUGACUUCACAAUGCUGCCAGAGUGCUCUUCCACACAGGAGAGUUCCUCAAAACCCUCUGCUGCACCCUCUCUGUUUGUCUCGGUGCAGGCGGAGCAGGUUGUUGAAGCAGAAACAUCUCAUUCCUCUGACCAAGAGAUGCCACUGACUGCCGAGCUUGUGCAUUCAGCCGAGGCUCAAGAAAUCGUUGUUGUCAGAGAGGAGGCUCAUAUCAGUGGGGACUGGUCUAACAUGCACCUGAAUCAGAGUUACCUCCUGCAACGAGAAGACUGCAGCGUCUGUGAAGCUGAAAUAGUUAACGAGCUGAGUUGUGGGGAACCAAAGCUGUAUGAAGAAAGUGUUCAGGCAAAUAUUGAGUUGGACUCGCAGCCUAUGGAAGUGUACGAGUUUUGCACCCUGGUUGAGGAGGUUGCGGAGGAAACAGUCUGUGCCAGCAGCAGUGCCCUGAUACCUCACUCUCCAGGAUACGAGGUGAACUUAUUCAACGCGUUACUCGAACAGUCUGAGGAGUACAUUGUUAAAGAGGACCUUGAAACAUCCAUUCACACAAUUAAUGAAAGUGGCACUGUCAUUAUUUCCCAGCAGCCCUUGCCUUCAUCAUCGCAUGAUGCAAAUCAGAUACAGGCUAACAGUAAUUCCCAUAAUUUGUCCAUACAAAACAUGAGGGCAGCUAUCAUCGGGCAGCAUUUGGUAUUAGACGCUAACCAAGCUGUUAAAGUAGCUAACUCAAGUGAGGUUUGUUUAGUUGAAGUAGCUGCUGACUCAUUCGCUGUUGAACAGACAGACACAAGUCUACAAAUCGUGACAGUUUGCUCACAGGUCAAUGCAGCAAUCUCAGACCAAACAACAGAGUUGAGUGAUUCUCCUGUAAUUCAAACGACUCCUCCAAAACAGGAAGCAGAAGCAACAGCUGGUGCACUAUCUUUCAUAUCCCCCUCUCUAAAUCAGACCGUUGUAAGUGCCACAAAGCGUGAGGCCUGUGUUUCUUCACAUGAAGGGACCAAAGAAACCCCUGCUUUGACAGAGACUACAUCACAGAGUAUCCAGAAUGUUGCUGUGCCCACAGAAACCAAACCAGAGGCUUUCUGCACCACUCACUCCUCUGGUAUUCUAAAUCCAAAGCUGCUCCUUCUUAAACCGGGAGAAACUCCUCUCCUGAAGCACCCACCCUCACGGGUGUCCAAGCAACAGAAUGCAGCCGGCAAGAUGGCCAUGAAUGCCCACAGCUCUGAGGAGUGCCUUCCCCAAACUGUCUCGGACUCUUUAUGUGCGUCUUUGGCUCUUGGCGGCCAGAAAAAUCAGAUGCAGUGCUCUGUCAAUAGAACUUCUGCGUCAGCAGCCCCGCCUGUCAAGGUACAGCAGCCGACUAUGAGCGGUAAAUCACUUCAACUUGACCAGAGUGCAUCUGUCACAACCUCAACAAACAAAUCUGACAAAGAGGCCUUAAAUGUUACUAAAGUGUCCCAAGAUGUUGUCACCCCUACUACAUCUAACGCCCUUUACAUGCUCUCAACAUCCGUGGAAAGGAAAAGUGCAGUCAUGGCAUCUACCAGUCUUAAUGACCCUGCCAGCCAACCGGACUCCCUCUAUGUGGAGGAAGAGAGCGAGGACAUGGAGCAGGACGAGCCAACCGGAGAAACUGAAGCUCGGGAGGUCACUUCAGGACAGGUCAGCAGCCCAGAAGAAGGAAGUGAUGACGAACCCGACGGCGACAAAACGGAAGGCGAGAUAACCACCCCAAGCUCUCCAGACAAGGUACGCCAGUGGAUAGCAGACAGGGUCAUCGCAAAUUCCUCUCCUGUCUCACCCUCCACCUCCUCUUCUUACCCCGGUCCCUCACCCACCGGUGAUUGGUCGACCACACGACGGGAGAAGUCCUCACCUCUCCGGGGUCCUCACGGGAAGUUUGUUUCUCCUACCUCCAUUGGUGGAUGCAGUUCAUCCUCUUCCCCAUCAGAACAGACCACCUCCCAGCGACCCCGUGGAGAGCGUCACACAGACAUGGCAGAGUUGGCGAAACAUGAAGCGGACAUCGAGCAUCGAACCCAGUCACUGAGGCGAGAGGGCUUCUGGUCAAUGAAGCGACUCACCCGCCUGACGGAGCCGCCACGACCCAAAGUUCACUGGGACUACCUGUGUGAGGAGAUGCAGUGGCUCUCUGCUGACUUUGCUCAAGAGAGGCGGUGGAAGAGAGGGGUGGCUAGAAAGGUGGUACGAAUGGUGAUGAGACACCACGAGGAGCUGAGGCAAAAAGAAGAAAAAGCCAAGCGAGACGAGCACUCUAAAAUCAGAAGAGUUGCCUCUUCUAUCGCAAAGGAGGUCCGAGCUUUCUGGAGCAGUGUGGAGAAGGUGGUGCAGUACAAGCAGCAGUCCAGACUGGAGGAGAAGAGGAAGAAGGCUUUGGACCUUCAGCUGGACUUCAUUGUCGGCCAGACAGAGAAAUACUCGGACCUCCUCAGCAAGUCGCUCGCACCCUCCAGGCCUGAAGCUGAACCUGAAAUUGUCUCUCAGACUCCCAAACAAUCUGUGACACCUGCCAAUGAUGAGGAGGACAGAGACUUUGAGCCUCCCUGUGAGGUGGAGGACGAUGAGGAGACCAUAGAGGUGGAGGAGCAGCAGGAGGGCAAUGACGCUGAGAGCCAUCGGAGGGAGAUUGAACUCCUGAAGGAGGAAGGCAUGCUGCCCCUGGACCAAUUACUCAGCACCCUCAAACUGCCACAGGGGUCCGUCUCAGAUGCAGAAGGCUCUGAUGAACGCGCUUCAUCAGUGGGGAAGGAAGAGGAAGAUGGUGAAUUCACUGCCAAUGAUGAGGAUGCUGAGGAUGAGGAGGACACCAUAGCUGCCCAGGAGAAGGUUGAGGGAAAUGUGAAUCACGCAGAGGAACUGGAUGACUUGGCCAGAGAAGGCCAUAUGAGUGUGGAGGAGCUGCUCGAGAAGUACAAAGGAGCUUAUGCCUCAGACUACGAGGCACCAUCUGCAUCUGGCUCUAAAGAAAGCUCUGAUUUGGAGGUGUCUGGAGAUGAGGAGGAGGAGAGUGAAGAAGAUGAGAGUGAUGUGGAAAGCAACACUUCCUCCUCAGAUUCACCAGGAGAGAGUGGAGAAGAUGACAGUGGCAAAGAUGAAGAGAAGAGUGAGGAAGAAGAAGAUGAUGGCUGUGAAGAUGAAGGGAUGGAGGUCUUGCUAAAGGAAGGAGACAACAGCCCACCUUCCUCUAGCUCACGGCCAAAGAAAGAGAUCAGCCAUAUAGCUGCUACUGCAGAGAGCCUGCAGCCUAAAGGCUACACUUUGGCUACUACAAAGGUCAAGACCCCCAUUCCGUUCCUGCUUCAUGGCACGUUACGAGAAUACCAGCACAUUGGACUUGACUGGCUGGUCACCAUGUACGAGAAAAAGCUCAAUGGGAUUCUGGCUGAUGAGAUGGGACUGGGCAAGACCAUCCAGACCAUCGCUCUGCUGGCUCACCUCGCCUGUGAAAAAGGUAACUGGGGCCCUCACCUCAUCAUCGUCCCCACCAGUGUGAUGUUGAACUGGGAGAUGGAGCUAAAACGCUGGUGUCCUGGGUUUAAAAUCCUCACCUACUUUGGCAGCCAAAAGGAGAGAAAACUAAAGAGACAGGGCUGGACGAAGCCUAAUGCUUUCCACGUGUGCAUCACGUCGUACAAGCUGGUGCUGCAGGAUCACCAAGCGUUCCGACGCAAGUCUUGGCGGUACCUGAUCCUAGACGAGGCACAAAACAUCAAGAACUUCAAGUCCCAACGCUGGCAGAGCUUGUUGAACUUCAACAGCCACCGGCGACUGCUACUGACAGGAACUCCUCUCCAGAACAGCCUGAUGGAGCUGUGGUCUCUGAUGCACUUCCUCAUGCCCCACGUCUUCCAGUCCCACCGCGAGUUCAAAGAAUGGUUCUCCAACCCGCUGACGGGAAUGAUCGAGGGCAGUCAGGAGUACAACGAGGGCCUGGUCAAGAGGCUCCACAAGGUGCUGAGGCCAUUCCUGCUCAGGAGGAUCAAGGUCGACGUGGAGAAGCAGAUGCCCAAAAAAUAUGAGCAUGUGGUGCGCUGUCGCCUCUCCAAGAGACAACGAUUUCUCUACGAUGACUUCAUGGCACAGGCCUCGACCCGGGAAACACUGGCCAGUGGUCACUUCAUGUCAGUGAUUAACAUCCUAAUGCAGCUCCGCAAAGUGUGCAACCACCCCAACCUGUUCGACCCUCGACCCAUCCAGUCUCCCUUCAUCACUAAGCCCAUUGUUUUCCAUACAGCCUCCCUGGUGCAGGACAUCCUGGAGGUCUCUCCUUUGAAGCGCUGCGACCUUUCAAUGUUUGACCUUGUGGGUUUGGAAAGCCGUGUGUCCCGGUACCAGGCAGACAUCUUUUUGCCGCGCCACAAGGUCAGCCGCCAACUAAUCCAGGAGAUCGUGGAUUCCCCUGACCCCCCUCCGAGACCCAAACCGGUCCGCAUGAAGGUCAACAGGAUGUUCCAGCCGCCUCCUAAAAGUGAUAAUCGACCGGUCCUCCUGAUGAACAAACCCACCUGCUCAGUACCUCCUGCAGCACAGACCCCCAAAUCUCAAGUUACUGAAGUCACCUCAACUCCUGCUCCUGUGGUUCAACAAGUGGUGUGUACAGUGGCAACCACGGCCCCUCCUCGCCCGUCCAUGCAUCCUACUGCUCAAACUGCAGUGAGAUCCAACGUACCAAAGCCAGUGCUGACCGUACGGCCUCCCACUGCUUCCUGCACAGCCAGCAUUGCAGCUCAUCCAGGUCCAAACCCCGGCAGCGUCCUGCCCCAGAGGGUUCUGCUCAGUCCAGAUAUGCAAGCCAGGUUGCCUUCUGGUGAGGUAGUGAGCAUAGCCCAGCUUGCCUCCCUGGCGGGGCGACCUGUAUCAUCAUGUCAGGGCAGUAAACCCGUCACCUUCCAGCUUCAGGGCAACAAGCUGACUCUCUCUGGAGCCCAGAUCCACCAAGUUCCAGCAGCUUCCUCAGCGCCCAGUUCAUGGUUAGUGCUCGACUGCAGUGUACUUACUGUGGGUAAUGUGAUGCACCUGGUGACCAGCGGGGUGCAGCACCACCUCAUCAGCCAGACUGCCCAGUUGGCUGUCCAGAACGCAGCCAACAUGCAUCAAGCAAACACCUCUACUGCCACAGCUGCGAAUCGGCUGCCUCACAAUGUCUCAGCGCAAGUGGUCCCCUCCAUGGUGAGCAGCCCUGGUGUCGUGAAGAUCGUUGUGCGUCAGACAGCAGGCAAGGAUGGUGGGCCUGUGCCGACCCUGGCAGUGGCCCCUUCCCUUCGUGUUGCUCCCCAGGCAUCCCCUUCCCCGCACCCCCACGUCAACACAACCCCUGUCAGAAACACUGCUCCACUGCUAAUUGCCCAGCGCACCCCCGGUCCCGCUACUGCCCACUACACCAUAGCCCCUCCCGGAAACCUUAGCUCAACCCCAAACCAGCCCCACCCCCCUCGCCCUGUCCUCAAAGUAGUGCAGCCUCCUCCAUCAAGCACAGAGCAGCCAGCUCCAGUUCAGGUGAGCUCCUCGUCAUCUGUGACCAAAUCUUCGGCAGCACCACGUGACGGCAGCAGUCAAACACCAGUUACCACGAAGUCGAGGCCCAGUGCAGGUGCAAAAGCCUUCCCUCCACCCCGGAGAAGGCCUCGUCCACCUCCUCGCUCUCCUUUCCACAUGUCCUGGCUGGAAGACAGCCAUAAACAGCAGCGCAACAGCCGACUGGACUUUAUCAUUCGAGUCAACGAGAACCGCUGUGCGGCAAAGCCCAUGUAUGGCUGUGAGGUUUUGAACUUCCUGACUUUUCUCCCUGGAACCCGUCCCUCACCGGCCGCCGUGAGCUCUCUGGGGGAGUGGGGCCGCUCGGGUCACAGCAGCGCUCUGUUCGCACAGUGGCAAAACAAAUACGACUUCUGGUUUCAGAGUCGCGCUGUGAGAGAGGCCAUCCACAGCAUUGAUGACAGACUGGAGCUGCUCAAUGACCUUGUAGACAGGUUUACAUUUGCAAUUCCCCCAGUGGAGGCUCCUUCGAUCUCCAUGCACUGCUGCCAUCCUCCUCCCUCUCUGAGCCACAAGCAGGCAGUCUUCUCUUCCCAGCUGUCAAAUGAAGUCACUCCACGUACUCGCAGUCUCCAUCGUAUCCAGUGUUACAUGAGGACCCAGUUCCCAGACCUGAGGCUCAUACAGUAUGAUUGUGGUAAGCUGCAGACUCUCCACACUUUGCUGCGAAAGCUGAAGACAGGAGGCCACAGAGUGUUGAUCUUCACUCAGAUGACGCGUAUGUUAGAUGUGCUGGAGCAGUUCCUCAACUACCACGGACACAUCUACCUCCGUCUAGAUGGCAGCACCCGCGUGGAGCAGAGACAGUCCCUCAUGGAGCGCUUCAACGCAGAUCGGCGUAUUUUCUGCUUCAUUUUGUCGACUCGCAGCGGAGGUGUAGGGGUGAACCUGACGGGGGCCGACACGGUAGUCUUUUACGACAGUGACUGGAACCCCACCAUGGACGCUCAGGCACAGGACCGCUGCCACCGAAUCGGCCAGACCAGAGACGUCCACAUCUACAGGCUGAUCAGCGAGCGAACAGUGGAAGAGAACAUUUUAAAGAAAGCAAAUCAGAAGAGGAUGCUGGGAGAUAUGGCUAUUGAAGGAGGAAACUUUACCACAGCUUUCUUCAAAGAGCAAACCAUCCGAGACCUGUUUGAUAUGAAUGAAGGGGAGAGGAGGGAGGUGGCAGUGGAGCUGUCGGUGCCCCAAGCCGAGGAGGAGGAGGCUGGUAACAAACAGAGCACCACCAUCCUGGAGCAGGCCCUAUGUCGUGCCGAGGAUGAGGAGGACAUAGUAGCAGCCUCUCAGGCCAAAGCGGAGCAGGUGGCAGAACUUGCAGAGUUCAACGAGAACAUACCACUGGAUGACGGAGGAGAACAAGAGGAGGUGGAGGAGCUCUCAAAGGCCGAGCAGGAAAUAGCUGCUCUGGUGGAGCAGCUCACUCCCAUUGAACGCUACGCCAUGAACUUCCUGGAAGCCUCAUUAGAAGAUGUAUGCAAAGAGGAGUUGAAGCAGGCUGAGGAGCAAGUGGAGGCUGCCAGGAAGGGCCUGGACCAGGCCAAGGAGGAAGGUCUAAAGCUCAAUGCUUCAUCUGAUGAUGACGACAAUGACUUUUUGUCACUGUCAGCUUCUGUGGAGCCUACUCAGCCAACCCGCCGUGGCCGUAAACCCAAGGACGCGAGCAAGAUCGGCACCUCUACAAGGACCAGUGGUCGGCUGCGUGGGGCGUCGCCUGAAACUGAGCCUGAGCCCACGCCGCCGAAAGAAGUGCCUGAAAGACUCCGCUGCGGCCUAAGAGGACGAGGAGUUGCCAAAGACUCUGGUACCGUGUCUACCACCCCGUCCCACACAGACCAAACCUCUUCAUCAACCAGGCUUCAAGAUUCCUCCAAAUCGUCAAAAGCCUCAUCUCCUGCCACAGAUCACAACACCAUCAAAACCAGGACUCUGCCAAACCGCUCUCAUCCCAGUCCAGUGCCUUCCCCUCCAACAAGCUCUCCCCCUGGAGGGAAACAACAGUGUCUUGGGGAGAUUGACGGCAAGACCUCCAAAGACUGCAGAGAGGAGAAAGAUUCUGAGUCACCGCUAGAAUCCAACUGCCCAAUGGACCACAAAGAAAAAGUUGAUGACACCAAAGACCACAGCGCUAUGUCUCCCCCCUCCACCAGCUCACGAUCACCUCGCAAGCGUCAGUCAGCAGACGGUGAAGUCCUGCGGGGCCUGGUUGAAGACUCCCCAUCAGCCAAAGUCCUACGGAAGCUUCCAGGGCGACUGGUCACGGUGGUGGAGGACAAGGAGCCAAGGAGGAGGAGGCGGCGAGGAAGUGGCACUGGAGCUCCUUCAGAGGAGGCAACCGUGGAGGAGAACACUGCCGGAUUAGUCGACGAACCACACAAAGGCAACACAUCACCGAGCCCUGACAGCAAAAAUAAAGGGGCCGUUACAAAAUCUCCCCAGGACCAAGACUCUACUCAGAGACUGUCUGUACACCAUCCACCUGUCAGAAGUUACCCUCCAUAUUCCCCACCCCAUCUUUCUCCUGACAUGCCUGUGCUGAGAAAUCUUCCUGUACGGCGCAGAUUGGAAACUGAAUCUCGCAUGGCUGCUCAGCUGGGAGAGCAACAUCUGGGUCGAGGAAGGGGAGCAAACCAGUCUAGAAAAACGGAAAUACUACCAAGCAAAGACACAACCUCUAAAGACUCAAGCGUGAAUUCUCUUAUGGCACCUUUGAAAAGAAAGAGGGGCCGGCCCCCUAAGACUCCCCCAAGGUUACCUGAGCCUGACAACACAGUGGCCCCACAGCCCACCUUGCCAAGUGAGGAAGGGAACCCGCCUCUCUCUCCAAAACGUAAGAGGGGGCGUCCUCGCAAAGACUCCUCAACCACGGCAGAAACUGUUAGUGAAGGACAGAACUCUAAAACUGAUGCAAGCACAGAGCCAACAGUCCUGUGUCCCAACAAGUCGGAGACCACUGUAGCUGAUAUUCUCACUAGCAGUCAGGCCUCCCAGUCCACCAAAGCUGAGGAAACAAACACUAAGACUGAGGUUUCAACCUCUGUUCUAAAUGCAGCUCGAGCCCCCACAACAACAGAUAAAGCUUCCACACUAGCUUUAGUCCAAACACCCACUGCACCUGCACCCCUUCCUGUGGCUGCCUCAGCCCAAUUUAUUAGUUCAGCUCCGGCUACAGUUCCAAGCCCAGACACAGCAUUCCCGCAGAUGUCCUCUGUCACUUUGUCUGCUGUUAUCCCCACUACACAAACAACUCCAUUGUCGCCUGCCAGCACUGUCACAUCAACCAUUACAGGUGUGAAAUCAACAGCCUCUAAAGCUCCUGUAGAACCAAAAUCGUCAGUUUCUACAACUUCUAAAGCUUCCGUAGAGCCCAAGUCUUCAGUUUCCACCAUUUCUAAAGUUCCAGUAGAGCCUGAACCUUCAGUAUCUACGACUUCCCAAGCUCCUGUAGAGCCCAAACCAUCGGUUUCAACAUCUUCUCAAGUUCCUGUAGAGCCCGAACCAUUGGUUUCAACAUCUUCUCAAGCGCCUGUAGAGCCCGAACCAUCGGUUUCAACAUCUUCUCAAGCGCCUAUAGAGCCCGAACCAUCGGUUUCAACAUCUUCUCAAGCGCCUGUAGAGCCUGAACCAUCGGUUUCAACAUCUACUCAAGCGCCUGUAGAGCCUGAACCAUCGGUUUCAACAUCUUCUCAAGCUCCUGUAGAGCCCAGAUCUUCGGUUUCUACAACUUCUAAAGCUCCCGAAGAGCCCAAACCUUCGGUUUCUACAACUUCUAAAGCUCCCGAAGAGCCCAAACCAUCGGUUUCAACAUCUCAAGCUCCCGAAGAGCCCAAAGCUUCGGUUUCUACAACUUCUAAAGCUCCCGAAGAGCCCAAACCUUCGGUUUCUACAACUUCUAAAGCUCCCGAAGAGCCCAAACCUUCGGUUUCUACAACUUCUAAAGCUUCCGAAGAGCCCAAACCUUCGGUUUCUACAACUUCUAAAGCUCCAGAAGAGCCCAAACCUUCAGUUUCUACAACUUCUAAAGCUCCCGAAGAGACCAAACCUUCAGUUUCUACAACUUCUAAAGCUCCUGAAGAGCCCAAACCUUCAGUUUCUACAACGUCUUCUAAAUCUCCCGUAGAGCCCAAACCUUCAGUUUCUACAACUUCUUCUAAAUCUCCCAUAGAGCCCAAACCUUCAGUUUCUACAACUUCUUCUAAAUCUCCCGGAGAGCCCAAACCUUCAGUUUCUACAACUUCUUCUAAAUCUCCCGGAGAGCCCAAACCUUCAGUUUCUACAACUUCUUCUAAAUCUCCUGUAGAGCCCAAACCUUCAGUUUCUACAACUUCUCAAGCUCUGGUAGAGCCCAAACCUUCAGUUUCUACAACUUCUCAAGCUACUGUAGAGCCCAAACCAUCAGUUUCUACAACAACUGUGAAAACAACAGGACCAGACUCUGCCAAAACCACCACAGUUGCCACACCAGCUGCUACUAUUCCAUCGACUGCGUCAUCUUCCGUGAUGGCUGUCGAAGCAGUUUCAACAUCAAUCCCUGCCACAGCGAUUACGACAGCUAAUAACGUAAUAUCAAAAACAGUCAGCGAUACACCAGCAGUCACCACUACAGUGAAAUCAGUCGCAACUAAAGCUACUGCUGUGAAGGACUUGCCGCAAGCCUCAUCUCUGUCAUCUAUAACAUCCCCAGCUACUGUAACCUCCAUCCCUUCUACAGCUUCACCAAAACCCACCUCAACAUCUUCCCCCACUUCAGCAACAACUACGACAACAACAGUACAAUCAUUCCAAGCUUGUCCAUCAAACUCAAACACAGUUUGCACCGCAAGUCCAACCAUGUCUGUUUGUACAAUACCAUCAGUGGUAACGGUGUCAUCGUCUGCUGCAAGGACUAAUUUGACAACUACCAAACUGGCUUCAACGUCACCAACAACUGCAACAGUUCAAGUGGCUGAACAGGCAGGUGGCACGUCAGACGCAAAACCACCUCCUCCAACAUGCACUCCUUCCCCAACUACAAUGUCUGCCAGUGUAACUCCCACACCCAAGAUAAAGGCAAUUACAGUUCCUGUAGGAACAGCAGCCCCUUCCAAAGAACAAACGACUGCAGAAAAGAUCCCAACUCCAGUAACAACUUCCACACCAGCUCCAUUACCAACAGUCACCAAAACUACAUCAUCCCCAGAAAAGUCCAUUACAGUUGCUACAACAAGCGUCAAAACUACCCAAGUAUCCACAGCCACCCCUGUGUCCGGAGCAACAGUAGAAGUUACCACAACAAAAACGGUUCCUCCUGUGUCCACCACACAAACGUCUGCUGUUGUUUCCCUGCAAGUACAAAGCUCUGCGUCCACUGAGGUAACCACAUCUGCUUCCUCUAGUGUUUCAUCUGAAGAACAAACUUUAGAGCCAACACACGUGUCUGCUUCUAAAAGUGACCCGGAGAUAGUGGCAGAAAUGGAAGUAGAUUCUGCAGAGGCUGGCGCAAAGACUAACAAGGAGAAGGAUCACAACAAAAAAGAGAGUAUAUGUAAAUCUCAGCGUAAAAGGAGAAAGUUGGAGAGUUCCUCUGAGACCAAAGAUUUUGAGUCAUCAAGGGAGGGAACACAGCCCGCAACUGCCGCUCAGAAAGAAGAACCUAAGCAAGAAGCGGUGGAGCAAACUCCAAUCCAGAAAAGACCUCUUAGUCGCCAGAGUAGCCAGGAGUCUGCUCGCUCCUCUUCAUCAUCAUCUGGGUGCUCGACAUCAACCCUCACUCGCCAAGCUCACCACAAGAGGACUUACGAGAAUAGACAUCCUACGAAGAAGAGGCGAAUGGAUGUCACCUCAGAAACGGGGAACGAGGAGAAUAACGAAGAGGAUGUGGAGAAGGAAGAGGAAAAGGAGCGCACCUCUCGGGGAAGGCGGUCCAGGUCCUCGUCUUCUUCUUCGGACUCUGACAACAGUGAGAGCAGGGAGGAACACCGAUUGACACGCUCAGCCAAGCACAGGCUGCAAGAUCAGGAGAGGGAAAAGGGCAACAGCCGGCAAGGAAAGACACCUGACAGAAGUGCAUCAAACAACGCCAACACAUCCACAGGUGGAGAGUCAGGCAGUGAUACAUCUUCUGUUAGGAUCACCAGAAAGUCGGCAGGAUCUCAGCCCUCACAAGAAAGUAAAGCUCAAACAAACAGCGCGCCCUUGUUGCCUCCUGAGCCCGAAGUUCUGGGGAAGAGGUGCUCGGCACUCAAUGCGGCAGCCAAGCUCCUGGCAAUGAAAGGCAGGGUGGAUACCCCUGGUCACACCACUCGGAAAGACCCGGGGGCUAAGGCUGCCUCUUCUUCUGACAAGAACCAAAAGCCUAAAAGCAAAAGUGUACCAGCCUCCCCUCAGAGUAACUCUGUAAAUCUUACUAAUAAUAAAAGCAGCAGCAGCAAACCUUCAACGCUAAUUAAGACAAGCCGCUCUUCCCGAUCCACAAGGCAGCGCCCCGGUUCUCUAGUUCCACCCCUGGAAGUUGAGUACAAGAGGUCUAAAGCAGAGGAAAAAGAGCGGGGGAGUAGAAAGUUGUCAGGGGGGAAGGAAGGCGAGGCAGAGGCGCAGUCGUCGUCCCGUGGCUACAGUGCCUGCAGCAGCAUGAGCAGUGAUGGCGAGGGUGACUGUGGUGGACGCAGCAGCAGAAGCCGCAGCAGCAGCAACAGCAGCAGCCAACGCACCCGCAGCAUCAGCUCUCAAAAUACGGAGCAUCGCGAGUCCCGUGCCGCUUCCCCCGGCAGCGAGCGUGAGAGGGAUCGCAGCUCGGAGAGUAGAGAUAAAAGAGACAAGCAUCACAGGGAGAGCCUGAGGUCUCAAAAGCUCUCGCAGGAGGUGACCAGCGGUUCAGGGACAGAGGGGACACCAGACAGGGUGCUGCGGAGCGUCGCAGCACUCGCAGCGGUGCAGGCCCGGUCACCGGCUGCAAGCACCCGCUCCUCUUCUGGUCACCAUCGUUACAACAAGACAUGAUCAGAGUGCCAAAAGGAAAAAAUGGAAACAAGAGCACGAUACAAGAGCAUGUCAUGACCUCCAAGGUUGCUGCUUUGUGUGCACUCUUAAUGAAUGCAAGGGAACUGAGUGCUGCACAAGCCAGGGACCUCCCUGCCUUUUGGGCCCUCUCCCUUUCCAAUUGGAGCUGGCCGUCUCACCAGCUCAGCCAUUGUCAGCUGGGGGAAGGCUCAGGGAUGCCGGACAGAGUUAAAAAAAAAAAUGUGGCGCCAUUGUUGUGCGUCCGUAAACAGACAAAGAGAUGGUACAGUGGAUAAAUUCACCACUGGGACUUGAGGGGGGACAAAGGUGCAAGAGAUAAUAAAGGAAAGCUGUUAGUUCACAUUAUGUACUGUAAUCAUUAAAGACUGGAACACUCUGAUCUUAUGUGUUAAGAUGGGAUUAUACAGCACCCUCUAUUAGGGUCAUAAAUGAAAAGUCAUUUGUGUGACAUUAAAAACUUAUGAGUGACCAGUUGUAUUGUAAGUUGGAGGUUUUAGAGAGUUUGGUUUUGAAAAAUUUUGUCAGCUGUCCUGACUGUUUCUUUGUAGUCAGUUGAUAAGUUAUGCAUAUUUUAUUAUUUCUUCCAGGGUAUUAGGAAGAGACCAGAUCUGUCAAUGUGAUCUUUGCUGCACUAUGCUGGAGCUUGUCUUUGCUUGGGCCCCUUUUUUGUCAUGUCAGUUUCUGUUCUUUGGAUUCAUUUUUAAAUCCAGCCUUGCAUUUCUCAUUUGCACAUCUGAUAUUGUGGCCCUCGGCUUUUGAGUACAUUGUGGUGUAGUAAUACAUUUUUGCAUCAACUUCAGUCGAUUAAUUGGUUCCAUGUACCUCACGAUGUAUCUCUACAGUUUGAAAAUGUAUUAAUUGAAGCUGCAAAUGGUCUUGAACAGACUUGGAGCAGCAAAAAUUAAAUUUCUUUUUCCUAAUCUUCCCAAAGGCAGUUAUAGUUACGGUCCACUUUGUCAUGUAUUUAUUUCGAAAGGGCAAGUCAAUGUUAUUGAAAUUAAGAGUGCCUCUUUGGCCAAAUGGGUUUGAACCUCAGAUUGCCUUGUGAAGCACCUGAAGCAGCGGUGUCGAGCUUCUCUCGUUAUUAAAAAAGAAAAAAAGAAACUCAACAUCAAGAAAAGCACCCUGUGCAUCAGUGCUACCAAAUUAAUGCUUUAUUUGUCACAAUUUUUUUGUCACCAUCACUUCAUUGCUCUUCGUUCAUGUAAAAAACAAAACAAAAAAAAUUACUUGAACAAAAUAUGUUAAUAAAAUUACUGGUACAGUUCCAGAUGACUGUAAAUUGUCGAUUUACUUUUGGACUUGUCGAAGCUAUUUUGAGCAAAGGUGAUAUUUGGGGGGUGGGUGGGGGGUAGUUUAUGGUGAUGGUCUUAUUUUAAUUUCUCUCAUUUGUUGCAUUCCUUUUGAUCCCUUGUAAUUCCACAUUGUUUUACUUGAACAAUUAAGACAAUUACAGUUGAAUAAAAAGACCAAAAAUUAGUUGCUAUUUUUCAUUGUGUUCAAGAUUGUUUAAUAGUGGGUAAAAUGCAGGUUUGUGUCAUACUUAAUGAAUUACUUACUGUAAAAAAAAAAAAAAAGAUACAUUGAUGUUGUAAAAAUGCAAAAAAAAAACGUAUUUUCAAUUGUAACAGCCGAUGUGUGAACUACACAAUUUAUUAUACAAGACAAACUGAAUAGGCCAUGGCAGUAUUUUAUUUAAAAAAUGAAAUUAGAUUAAAAAUAAGUGUCAGCCUUUUUCUUUCCGCUUCAACCAUUACGAUAAACAGUUUGUUUUCUUUACAGAUUUGUCGUUGUGGUGCACAGUAGGCACCGUUCGUCUCCGUAAAUAACAUCACUGCUCCAGGAUUUCCCAACAGAAUUAAACUAAAAUGACUUAACAAGCGACCUGGAAGACAAAAGGAGACUGCAUAAUGUGACAA